AUGUCUACAACGACCAAAUCAAGUUUCGAUGAAAGUGGGGGAAUUGAAGGGUUUCUUGACGGGAAGGGUCUUCUGAACCCACAAGUCAACAAUAGUCUACCCCUACGGAAACGGGCCAGGGUUUCCUGGUUUUGGGCAAGCAUUUUCACAGUCUCGAUAUCUUUAAACGCCAUAUGGCUCCUUCUUGGGUUGUUGAAACCAACAUACAUUGCCCAUGAGAAGUUUGUUUCAAAAUAUGGUAUACACCCAAUUCCCUUUUCCCACUCAUUAUGCUGAUAACACCCUGACAGCGGAGUUAAAGUUCGACAAACGUUUUCCAUUUGUUGAGAUCAAUCAGAGCCUCGCGCUCACUGAAGAAGAAUGGAAUGAUACUUUGUACAAUAGCGACCUCGGAAACGUUGCCCUCUCAGACGAGUACGUAACCGCAAUGGGUCUUCCACCAGCCCAGCGCUGGCCCUGGGACUUCUCAAAAGGAAUUUACUUUCUCCAAGGACACCACCAAAUGCAUUGUCUACAAAUGGUCCGCCAGGCUAUCACCGAGUACCGCACGGGAGCAUUGCAAUCGGUACAUCCUAUACAUGUAGACCACUGCUUGAUCGCAAUUCGAGAGGACAUCAUAUGCAACGCUGAUGACACUCCACGCUUUACCGGAGGCCAUUUUAAAACCCCUGCUUCUGGAAUUGGACAAUUAAGAGCUUGUCGAGAUUGGCGGAAGAUGGAUGAGUGGGUCAAAAAGCACUCUGCUUGUUACAAGAAUCCUGAAGACGCGUUUGAUCCCGCAACUGGACUAGGGAGAUAUAUGAGCUGUCCAGAUGGAAGCACACCAUGGGUAGGAGCUGAAAUUUGGACGAUGGAAAAUUCAGAGGAAAAGGGGGGGUUGUGGUUAGAGAAAGGGAGUAGAUAA